AUGGGCCGACGCACUUCGCCGACAAAUACCCGCCGCAAGGCGCCGAAGGCGGUACCCGAUGCAAGCCGGAGCAAGGUUGUACAUGCUGUCCGCUCCAUGGCCGGAUCCGUUUUGAGCUCGGCUGCCUCCGUCUUUGAGCGUGCGGGGUAUUUCUGUUCGGAUCCAAAGCCAACGGACGGCGAGUUCGAGGAUCUUCAGUCGGAGCUGCAGGAAGCCGUUCGAUCUCGUGCCACAGCGAUUUUGCAACACUACAAGGAAAUUGCCGAGCCUGCGCGCAGUGUCCAAGCAGAGGAAUGCCUUCUGAAGGACCUGACAGAGCUGUCUUCAGCCAUCCGCCAGCUGACAGAGGCUGAGUUGAAUCGUGGAAGGUUGCUGCGCAACUUGCGUGGUGACUUGGAGUCUUUGGCCGCGGAGCUGAGGGUGCAAGUCACGAAUGCAGCCACAGCGGCCGCAAAAGCUAGAGGCGGGCGAGUGGCGAGUGCAGCUCCCAAGACAAUCGGCAUUGCUUCGCGCCCGCGGACUCGUACCUUGCGUGACUGA